AUUAUAGACGUUUGUAGUCAACAUUUUGAGCACGUGGAAAAUUUCCUCUGCUUAAAUCUUGUUUUUAUUAUUAUUGAACUGCUAAUAUCGUGAAUUUUGUGUGACAACUAUUGCCCAGUGCUUUGCUGAUCCUGUUAAAGCUGCAUUGGAGAAGCAACAAACUGGUCGUGUCGUUCUUGAAGAAAAUAAUCGUGGAUCGAUCAAGUUAUGGCCCCACCCCAUUCUCGUCAUUUACUAGCGUGGACAUUGCCAACUGCAGUCGUUUUACUCAGCUAUUUGUGGUACAAAAGGAAGAGAAUUGGAGCUCGAAGUGACCCAGGCGAUAAUAAAUCACCUACACAUAAAGAGGAAGUGUUCACAGAGAAAUCUUUAGAAGAGGAAUUGAAAGAAGCCGACGAGCACGACUCUUCUCAAUCUUCGCCGAGCAAAUCGUUUUCGAGAUCACUUUCUGGAGUAGAAUCGACUCCUAUAGAUAUAAUCAUACCACCUGAGUUAAGGGCUACUAAGUCUACUCCACGUGUCGUCUCGGACGAAGAUCUCGAUUUCGAAAUCGAAAAGAUCAAAUCGAUGAAGAACGGUUCACUGUUUCCCGCUAAAAUAGACUCACCAAUACCCAAUAAGUCCAAAUCGUCCACCUACAGAGACAACAAAGAAAGCAAACCCAAGUCAAAAAAGAACCAGAAGAAAGAAGCAGGAAAGAUGGCCCAAAAAGAUAUCGCUAUCGUCGAAGAGAAAUUGACUUCUCUGAAAAUUAGCAAAAAUAAAGAAACUCCCAAAAAGAGAGAACACAAAAAUAGUAAUAGUAAAAAAGAUUCGGAAGAACUGCAACGACAGAACAGUGAAAGAGAUUCAGCUAACCACAGUCCCUCCGAUGUUAUGUUAGCCAGCCCUUCAUUGAGCAGUAUUUCAGACAACCACAGUGAGGGCUCCAGUGAUAGCGGCAAAGGCGGUAGCGAUGUUGCGACACCCCCCGCAUCCCGUACCCCAGGAAUCGACGUUUCCAGCAACGUAAGGACCUUGUACGAGUUCGUCAUUCCUCAAUCGUUAGUAGGAAAAUUAAUAGGCAGACACGGCUGUUUCGUCACGCAAAUCAAGGACAAAACUAACGCCUUGAUCAUCGUUAGAGCACAUCCCACCAACAACAAAAUGAAGCUUUGUUUGGUAGAAGGUACGCGAACGGAAAUAGACAGUGCACUGAAGAUGGUCAGAGAUAAGUUCCCUGCCAAAAGGUAUCCGGAAAUCACUUUGGAAGAGGUCCAUUUGGUUCCAGAAGUACCAACAGUGUCGCUAAUUUCUGAUCAUUUAUAUUUAAAAUUGGUGGAAGGCGUCAACAACGACACCGUCCUUAGCUGUCUCGUCGCCCCCAACCACCUCUUCCUCCAACAACCGACUCAUCCCUCGUAUCCCAGCCUGAACCUACUCACCAAUUGUAUGAACGCCUGUUAUUCCCAAUCAGAAUCCCCCUUACUACCCACCCCCAUACCAGAAAACACGAUCUGCGCCGCAUACUCAGUCCACGCCUGGUACAGGGCGAUGGUAUUGUCGUCGGACGCUGAAUCUUCCUACGUCAAAUUUUUGGACUACGGAGGAUUCGCAUAUGUAGAUAAUUCACAGCUAAGACAAAUCAGAGGUGACUUCAUGUUGUUACCUUUCCAGGCAGCCGAAUGUAUGCUAGCUAAUAUUAAAUCUGUAAAUGAGGACGGGUCCUGGCCUGAAGAAGCAUAUAAUCUAAUAGCAGAUCUUGCAAAAGGAUCGAUAAUGUAUACACAAGUAGCAGAUUAUACCGAAGACGGACUUCCGCUUGUAUUGAUCUACGCAGUCAUAGGAAGCCAGGGUGUAGUAUUCCUAAAUCAGCACUUGGUAGAUAACGGUUUCGCCGAAUGGCUACAAGAGGGCGACACUCAGACUCACCGCCAGGAAAUCACAGAAGGAGCUGUAGGCGGCGUAUCGGCAUGAUUCGUCGUGCUACCCUUUAGUUUUUACCCACAAUGGGUCUGUUUUAGUCACUUGGUUAUCCAGUAAUCAAGCACUCGUUAUAUAUAUUUUUUUCUUUCAAAAAUUGUCACAAGUUUGUUCUUUAAUUACCGAAAAUAUUUUUAUAUAUAGUUCUCGAAAACAUUUUUUAACUACUCGACAGUGACUAGCUAUAUUCUGUGGUAAUUACCGAUAAAAAGCAGAGAAGACAUUAAAAUGAAUCCAAAAAGUGAUUUUAUUUGCAUUAUACAAGAUUCAAGAAAACUUGAUAGAUUUUAAAUAUGGAAAGUACCAGUGAAAUUGUCCUUUAGGAAUUAAUAUUCGUUCAUAUUUAGACAUUCUUGAAAGAAGUUGUCAAAAAUAUCAUUUGUAUGAUUUUUUUGUGACAUGAUUUAGCAAUUUUGUCUUCUCUGUUUAUAUUAAAAUGAUUUUAGAAAACAAAUUGAGAAAAACUGUGAGUAAAGAACAAACUUCAUACAAUUAUAAUGUUAAUCUUUAUAUUGUGAAUUAUCUGAUAGUGCAGUUAGCUGUAAUUGCUGUUUUAUCGACACGAUUUUUGUCCCGCUUUUAUAAGAAAAACUGAUUUAUAUUGUUAACUAGAUGAUUUAAUAUUUUAUGUAAUAUUUUAAGGUUAGUUUGCACGACUGUCAAAUAUAAAAUAUAUCCUGACAU